AAAGUGACAUGUUGUGGUCAGUCUUCUGAGUCGUCGUUCAGAGCCGACAUUCAGAUCAACGCCGUCGAGUUAUCUCUCCUUCGCCGAGUAGAAUGGUGGAGGACGAGGGGAGAAGAACGCAAGCGGCAAACUGGCAUGGAUCGAUUCCGGUAGUUCUGACGCUGUCAUCCCGUUCGCUCUCGUCGCCGACCAUGCCGCCGCCCAUUCAUGUUUUGGUUCCUCGGAAUACGUAUUUACACGUCGGAUUACAAACCGCGGUUAACCGUCUACACAGAUUUGCUCCAACGACCUUGUCGUUUGUUUCCGGCAUGAUCCAAAAGGAACCCGAUCCGGGGGCAUCGACGUUCGCGGAAGACGACGAAAAUGACCAAGCCGACACCAACACCGCAUCCCAAACCCCAUCCGACUCCGCAAUUGGAAGAGCCGCUGACGAAAGGUAUCCUGUUUGUUGGUUUGAAGACGAAGACACGCAGUUCGCGCUACGCUGGCAUUUGUUCGCGGGAGUCUUGUACGACACGAAACGAGCAAAGGUACCAUCCGCUUCCUCGUUGCCUUGGAAAAUUCGUUUGCAUUUUACGGCCUACCCGACUAGCCAAAUCCUCCCUUUGGAGGCCGACCGAGUCUUGGUGCAAAUUCAAAACUUUUACAAAAAUUCCGUGAAACAAGCUUUGUGCUUGCAGUAUGGCAACUCCAAAGCAGCCAUGAAUCUGACGAAAGAAUCGCACUUUCGCUUAUGGGAUGCCGUAUUGACGACAACCUAUCCACUCCAUCGCCAAGUAAAUGAUGACUUACCAACACAAACACAAGAGACAAUAUCGCAAAUUCCUGUUCGAGUGCUAGUGAAUGCUGCACGGCCACCAAUUCAGCGAGCGUGUCGCGAUUCGUCCGUCCAACUUGGAGCGUUGCUAUCCCAGUGGCUCCCGGACUAUUUUGAGACUGUAAAUGACACGGCACAGGCCAAGGACCAGGUGGUUCAGUGGCGCGUGGGUGGAAUUCAACCCGGGCUGGAACUGCCUGUUUUCCAAUUGUGGAAGGCACUCUGUCAUCCAGAUUAUUUUUUGUACGUCAUUGUUUUGACCAACUAA